CAUGACAUAAGGAUAAAACUUCUGUUUCUAUCCAGUUCAGUUCCCAAAACCGGUUUAGUGCUAUCGUGUAGUCUAUGUCGGAACUUCGGAAGGUAGUCGAAGGUUAACUUGGCGUAACCACGUGUUGGUACUUGGUACUGUUGUGCACUGUGCAGGAUGUCAGUGCUGUGAUUUUUUUUAAAAAUUAGGAUGCCCGAAGCCAGCAAGAUAUUCGUGAGGAAUCGCGCCCUCGGCUACGUGAGCAACCACGUCCCGUGCGCGACAUGGUACCUGAAAUCGAGGAAAGAACACAUAGUAGUGUCAUGCGUCGGUAAAGCGUAUCACACAUACGGUCUGAACCAUUUGUCACUUUUCACCGUGAGCGACUUGACCGAAAAUGAAAUAACAUGUAUUGCGACGGACAGAAAACGUAUUUACACGGCGAACGGUGGGAAGAUACAGUCAUGGAGGAGAGGGACCGUCAUCGCGGACUCGUUCGGAAACCACGAAAAACCGAUACACGUCCUUCUUCCUUUCGGUUCACACAUCAUUUCCGUGGACGAGGACAACCUGUUGAAAGUGUGGGACAGCAAGUCGAAGGAUCUGUUCCUCGAACUGACCUUCGAUCCGCUCACUUUCAGGAUUACCUCCGCUAUGCACCCGAGCACGUAUCUGAACAAGAUUCUAAUCGGUAGUGAACAAGGUGCUAUGCAGCUGUGGAACAUAAAAACUUCAAAAUUGAUUCACACGUUUGAAGGGUGGGGAGCGUCGGUUCAAGUGUUGCAGCAGGCUCCUGCAUUGGAUGUUGUGGCAGUGGGAUUGAACGAUGGGCGUAUCAUUUUGCACAACAUUAUGUACGAUGAGAUGAUUGUAGAAUUCACGCAGGAUUGGGGCCCUGUGACGGCUAUAAGUUUCAGGACGGAUGGACAGCCCAUCAUGGCAACUGGGUCCGUCUCAGGUCAUGUCGUUCUUUGGAAUCUUGAGGAGAGAAAAGUUGCUAGCCAGAUCUUAGAGGCGCACAACGGCGCAGUGUGUUCGGCCAUUUGCUUGCCCAAUGAACCUCUCAUGAUCACUUCCUCCUCUGACAACAGUGUUAAACUUUGGAUCUUUGAUCAGCCUGAUUUUGGUGCCAGACUCCUCCGACUAAGGGAAGGUCAUGCAGUACAGCCCAAUCAUAUCAGGUUUUACCCAGGAAAUCCUGUCCAUGUUCUAAGCGCAGCAGGAGAUUCGUCUUUAAGAGUGUUCAAUGCUAUCAAUGAGAGCAUGAACUUCAGCAUGGGACGAGCUUAUUAUAAUAGGAAAACCGCCAAAAAGAAUAAAGAAUAUGCUGAAAACCUUCUGAUGCCGCCUAUAACAGAGUUCUCAUCUGCAACCGUCCGAGAAAAGGAUUGGGAUAAUAUUGCAGCCCUUCAUCUAGGGUCACCACUCGUCACUUCUUGGUCUUAUGACAAAAGGAGAAUGGGUGAGCACAAACUACUUCCCGAACGACUUGUUAACACGACGAGAGUAACUUUGAAUGUGACUGCCACAUGCAUCCAUUUGACAAGCUGCGGUAAUUUUAUCGUCAUCGGAUACAGCUCUGGCCAUGUGGAUAGAUUCAACAUUCAAUCUGGAAUCCAAAGGUGUAGCUAUGGAGCAAUAACGGCGCACAAACGGAGCAUCAGGGGUGUAGCUGUUGAUCCAUUAAAUCAGUUAGUCUUAACAGGAUGUGGCGAUGGAUUUUUAAAAUUCUGGAAAUUUAAGCCUGAUGAAAGUUCAAAAAUAUGUUCAAAACCAUUGAGCAGAUUAACAGUCGGUGAACCUAUUUCAUUUUUUAGAGUUCAUAAGGAGUCAUCUCUCAUUGGUGUUGUUUUAGAAGAUUUCACAAUAUCUCUAGUUGAUAUAGAUACGAGAAAGGUUGUUCGAAAGAUCAUAGGCCAUUCGGGCCAAGUGACAGACUGUACUUUCAGCCCAGACGCCCGAUGGUUGAUUUCUGCAUCUAUGGAUGCAACUGUGAGAACUUGGGAUAUUCCGACUGCUUCUUUAAUAGACAUUUUUAGGGUUGAGUCACCUUGUAUUUCAAUAGACAUGUCACCUACAGGACAGUAUUUAGCAACAGCUCAUGUAAACUAUCUUGGAAUUUAUCUUUGGGCAAAUAGAACAACUUUCUCUUACGUAUCAUUUAAGGCCAUUAAGAUUGAUGCACCUGUUCCAUUAUUGGAUCUUCCCGGCACUAGAGGUCCAGAACCCAUCGCAUUAGAAGAAUUAGAUGAUGAAGAAGAUGAAAAUGAGGAAGAUUCUGUAGAUCAGAUUGAAUGUCUUGCUACUCUAUCAGGUCUAGCAACUUCCAGAUGGCAAAAUCUCUUAGACAUUGACAUAAUAAAGAAAAGGAAUAAACCAGUUGGUGGUCUGAAAAAGCCUGAAGUCGCUCCUUUCUUCCUCCCAACUCUGCCGACGAAAGAUAUACAGUUUGACUUUUCCUCAGUAGUUAAUGAAGAAGACAGCCUCAAGACUCUCAGAUUAGAUAGAUUGAUAAAUAAGACAGUUUUUGGUCAAUUUCUUGAAAAAUCUGUGGCUUCUGAAGAUUUCAAAACAGUUGUAAAUAAAUUAAAGGAGAUGGGUCCUUCUGCAAUUGAUUUUGAAAUCAACUCCAUGUCGUUUGACAUGCAAGGAUCCGAUUCCUUGCUUUUAAGUUUCCUGAAGACUCUCCGUUGGAUGUUUUCGACUAACAGAGACUUUGAACUUGCGCAGUCUUAUCUAAGCUUGUUUGUCAAAGUACAUUCAAAUGCUAUAUUGGUUAACCAAAAAUUACAGGAAAUGUUAAAAGAUGUUCUAGAGUUACAAUUGAAAAAUUGGGAUCAAAUUCAAGGCAGCUUGAUGUAUUGUCUUAGUGUUAUUGAUGCUUUAAAACAGCAGUCUAAAAUUUAAAUACACUUUCUAUUUGUACAAACUGUAAACAUUUACCUGUAAAUAUGUAAAUAUUGUAAAUUAUUUAAUUAAUAAACUUAUUAUUUUUA